AAGAAACGCUGGUUCGUCCUGCGCAGUGGUCGGAUGAGUGGCGACCCCGACGUCCUGGAGUACUACAAAAAUGACCACUCCAAGAAACCUUUGCGUGUGAUCAACCUCAAUUUCUGCGAGCAAGUGGACGCGGGCCUGACCUUCAACAAGAAGGAACUGCAAGACAGCUACAUCUUUGACAUCAAGACAAGUGACAGGACCUUCUACCUGGUGGCUGAGACUGAGGACGACAUGAACAAAUGGGUUCGCAGCAUCUGUCAGAUCUGUGGCUUCAACCAGUCCGAGGAGAACACAGACACCCUGAGGAGCAUUGCCUCCAUGAACCAUGCACCACGGUCCUCCCCAGCAGAGCUCAGCAGUGCCAGCCACCACCUCCUGCGAGAGCGCAAGUCCUCAGCACCGUCCCACUCCAGCCAGCCCACCCUGUUCACCUUCGACUCACCUGCCAGCCACCUCCAGAGCACCCUGUCUGCCAGUGCCCCCCAGGACUACCUUUUCCUCCACCAGUGCAUGAGCAGAAAGUCAGAAAAUGCAAGGAGUGCCAGCUUCUCACAAGCCACACGGUCGGCUUUCUUCAUGCGGAGCGACACAGCGGUCCAGAAGCUCUCUCAGGGCAAUGGGCACUGCAUGAACGGGGUUGGUGGACAGCUCCAUGGCUUUUACAGCCUGCCAAAACCCAGCCGGCACAACUCGGAGUUCAGGGACAGCGCGCACGAUCUCCCACGUUCCUUUGGCUCCUACACCCACCCCAAGUCAAGCCUCACCAGCUCUGAAACGGAUAAUGAGGAGGUCUACACCUACAAGACUCCCAACAACACCCUAUGCAAGGAGUUUGGGGAGCUCUCCACGGACUCCUAUGACAUCCCUGCCACCCCACUCUCCAUCUACCAGAUCCCCAGGACAUUUACACUGGACAAGAACCACAAUGCUCUGGCUGUGGCCGCCAGCGACUCACCCUCUGCACCACCCCCACGGCCCCCAAAACCUGGGCAGACGGAGCCACGGUGGGGCAGCCCACCCCAGCGGCUCCAGCCCAGUGAAAAUCUAGGUCUGGCCCCCAUGGCAGCCACCAUUCCACGGAGAAACACGCUGCCUGCAGUGGAGAACAGCAGAUUGCACCGAGCUUCUUCUUGCGAGACGUAUGAGUACCCCCAGCACGGGGGCGGCAGUGCCGUGCAGUCGGUCGAGUCCAUGAACGAUGGGUACAACUCCUACCUGCAAGCCAAGGCAGCAGUGGCUCGCUCCCACAGUACUGACUCCGAGGACAACUACGUCCCCAUGAACCCUGGUUCCUCACCCCUAAUCCAUGCUGAGAAAGCCAACGACAAUGCCCAAAACCUCUACAUCCCCAUGAGCCCUGGGCCGCAUCACUUUGACCUGGUGGGGUUGUCCUCAGCCACCCUUCCUGUGCAUAAAGGAGGAGCUAUGGUGCAGUGUCACAGACGACUGAGUGAAAUCCAGCCCCCACCAGUCAACCGCAACCUCAAACCCGACCGGAAAGCAAAGCCAUCACCAUUGGACCUGAGGAACAACACUGUCAUCGAUGAGCUUCCCUUCAAAUCGCCAGUCACAAAAUCCUGGUCCAGGCCAACCCAGACGUUCAACGCGGGCUCUCUGCAGUACUGUCGCCCUGUCUCCUCCCAGAGCAUCACCAGCACUGACUCGGGAGACAGCGAGGAGAACUAUGUGGCAAUGCAAAAUCCCAUUUCUGCUUCUCCUGUUCCUAGUGGUACCAACAGCCCAGCGCCUAAAAAGAGUUCGGGGAGUGUGGAUUACUUGGCCCUGGACUUCCAGCCAAGCUCACCAGGGCCACACAGAAAGCCCUCCACCUCGUCAGUCGCCUCAGAUGAGAAGGUUGAUUACGUGCAAGUGGACAAGGAGAAGACACAGGCACUGCAGAGCACCAUGCAAGAGUGGACUGAUGUGCGGCAGUCCUCGGAGCCUGCCAAGAGCGUGAAGCAGUAGUGCCUGCAGCAGGCAUCAAAACAGGCCAAUGUCCUGUCGGUUUUCCCCAGCUCCACUUGGGCUGGAUUUCUAAGACUUGUCUGUGGAGGGAAGGGGGUCUCAUUAUUUUUUUUUUCUCUUAAAACGAAACAAAACUUAAUUUCAGGGGAAGACUUGGCGGAUACUGUUUGCCAGUGAUAAAGACCAACUAUGUUCGGUGGCUAGUUUUGUGCUUUAGCUGCUGGAUGCACUAUCCAGGAAAUUCGAUUUAGCAAUACCAGGCUUCACCCUACACAUCUUUUGCUUACAGCUGUCAAAGCCACCUUGUAUGUGCUAACACUGCAUCAUCUCUCCCUGUCUUCUUCCAUACCAUACCCCAAACGAUGCCAUGCAGGUUUGCAGCAUCUCCCAUGUGACAUCAUUCACCAGCUCUGAUUUCCACUCCUUAUGGUUCUCUUCUCUGCCUCCUCCCAAUCCCAAAACUUAGCAAGAACCAUUCCUUUUGAAAUCAUUUUUGUUGUCUGAUCUCUUGUAAAUAAUAUGCUCAAAACCUCUGAAGGCUGUUCUCCUCCUGGUCAGACAGCCCCUGUGGUUUUGGUUGGGGUUGUUAACUUUCAGGAGCUUGAGGAGUAUCCACUCUGUCCCAUUGAGCUAACUUAGAAGUCCAGGACUUACCCCAUCAUACACACACAAACAUGCUGGCACAUGCUCACACAAGUUUGUUGGGGUGUCUUCUGUUGAUAUUUUCCAGCAUCUCUCAAAGUCAAUGGGCUGGAGAGAUUGGCUUUGGAAGCUAGAAUUUAAGCCCUGACCCGCUGCCUGUCUGAAAUCAGUUCCUGUGAAUCUGAUCCCAAGAACCAAAAUUUGCCCUUUGUGGCACCAAAAGAAGCCCAUAUAGCGAGAGUCCUACAUCUGUGGCCAUUGUGAGAAGCUCUGAGGGGUGCAGGGAGGCUCUGGAGACCCUGUGUAUCUAGACUGGUGUAAGGAUGAGUGACAAGAAGGGAGUGGAAGGCUGCUGCAAGGACUGGGAGAAGGCAGAUGCAGAGGUUGGUCUUGAGUGAGGAAGUCUGGUGGAAUGUUUCUUGGAAGAAAGAAGAGUAAUUGAAAUGUUGGUUGAUAGUGAGGUCACAGGCUUGGGAAGAGGCUAGUCAGGACAGUCAGGGCAAGGUGUUUCAAUAUUAGCUUUAACGUAGCAUUUUGUUUGGUUUGUGGAGGGUCCAAAAGGCUGGACUGUUUUCUCCUCAUCUUCAGCAAUGUUCAACACAGAAAUGGGGCUUGCUGACAUUAACAACCCUACGCUCUAAUUAUGGGUGGGAAUCUGCUGUUGCCCCUUGCCAGCAUCCUUAACACAUCCAGGCUUUGAGAUCACUCUGCAGGCAGCUGCUGGACACAGAGAGACAAGAAGGAUGAGACAGUUUAAUGCAGAGAUAAUAAUUUGUGAUCUCAUGAAAACAGGAAGAACUUAUGAUUACCAUGGAGCAGCCUGAUUGCCAGACAGCAAGCACUGACACGAAUAAACAGGUUGACUGCAAACCGACAGCCAAAUGAAGGAAACAUUAGAAAGAUGAGGUAAUAAUAUUUAUUAAAUAGCUGGAGCUGUUCUUUCUGCAGGCUUAACCUCUCCCAGUUCCAUGAGCUCUGUGUUCCACCAACACCACCAAGUUAUAUUGAUUAUUAAUGCUUAAGCGUUAACACAUUUGUUUAAUCUUGGUUUGAGUUUGGAAAGGGCCAGACGUGACCCACAGAGGGAUGGGAUACCAGCCACUUAAGGAUAUGCUGGUAAAAUAACUUUUGAACUUCCAACACCAUUUUAUAUUUUCUUCUUGCAUACCAUGAAAGGGAAGGAUGUUAAUGGAAAAGGUCUGACAACCCAUUUAGGGCACUGAAGUGUUGGGCUUUUACAGAAAUAAUGAAGCAAAUAUCCUAAUGCUCAUGGUAAAAUAAUAAUCACUAGAAGGAAAAAAAUCCCAAAGGGGAAGAUUUAGCACAGUCAGAUGCUUUCUGAAGGUCAGGCAGUGUGUUACCGCCUUUAAGGGCCGUUGCGUCCUGUUGGGGGCUUGCACACUUGCCUGGUGAGGUGACGAAAUGAAGACUAGAGUACAGUGCUCUGUAUUUCUAUCACCCCUGUCAUCACUGCAUCUCGGUACCAUGGAAGUGGGCAGGCAAGGUGGAGGCAGCAGCAGUAGUCAUUUCUGAUGGUGCAGGGGCUUGAAACACAGUAGGUUUGAUUGAAACACAAUGGGUUUGGAUGCAGUUUGCUGAGUGGGGGCCCUAUGCUUCUGCACUGGGUGGGACUAGAU